CCCCACGACCGGUCGGUUAAGCUCGCUGCUCUACUGUAAAAAGACUGAGCAGAGGCUGACAAGCAGUCAACACAUGGGACGAUUGACAAUUAGAGGAAACAUUAGUUGAAAUAACAUCGGCUGACAUUUGUGGGACUCUACAAGAAAGGCUCUGUCUGAUGCAACUCUAAUCAUGGUUUCUCUGGACCAUGUGGCUCACAAAAUCCUGACUUACAUCCCAUAUGUUCUCGUUCUAAUUGAUAUGAGAUAUGAAGGAGUCAAAUGUGGCAGGGAUGGCAGUGUGGACAAUCACAUGGAGAUGGGGAAGAAACUGCUCGCUGCUGGCCAGCUGGCUGAUGCCCUCUCUCAUUUCCACGCUGCUGUGGAUGGAGAUCCAAAGAACUACAUGGCCUACUACAGGAGAGCUACAGUGUUUCUAGCUAUGGGAAAGUCAAAGUCUGCACUGCCAGAUCUGAGCAGAGUUAUUGAACUCAAACCAGACUUCACAUCUGCAAGGCUGCAAAGAGGAAACCUCCUUCUGAAGCAGGGCAGACUGGAUGAAGCAGAAAGUGACUUUAAGAAAGUGCUCAAGUCCAACCCCAGUGACAAAGAGGAGAAAGAAGCCCAGAGUCAGCUGACAAAGUCGGAUGAAAUUCAGCGACUUGUGGCUCAGGCACGCAGCAGCUACGACAGCCAGGAUUAUGUGACAGCUGCUGCCCAGCUUGACACCGUCAUAGAGACCUGUGUUUGGGAUGUGACCUCUCGAGAGAUGCGAGCCGAGUGUUUUAUUCAAAUGGGAGAGAUGGGGAAGGCCAUCAGCGAUCUCAAAGUGGCGUCCAAGUUGAAGAAUGACAACACUCAGGCUUUCUAUAAACUCAGCACCAUCUACUACAAUCUUGGAGACCAUGAGAUGUCCCUCAAUGAGGUGCGUGAAUGCCUGAAGCUUGAUCCUGAUCACAAGCAGUGUUACAGCCACUACAAGCAGGUCAAGAAGCUCAACAAACAGAUCCAGUCUGCAGAGGAACUCAUCCAAGAGCAGAGGUAUGAAGACGCAGUGAGUAAAUACGAGGCAGUGAUGAAGACUGAGCCUAAUGUGCACCAUUUCUCUCACCUGGCCAAGCAGCGAAUCUGCCAUGCCCUAACACAGGGCCAGCAGGCGAGCAGAGCGAUCCCAGUGUGUAGUGAAGUCCUGCAGUAUGAUCCUGAAAAUGUUGACGUGCUGAAGGACAGAGCUGAGGCCUAUCUUCUAGAGGAACAGUAUGAGGAAGCCAUCAAGGACUACGAGACUGCAGGAAAACACAGCGAGAAUGACCGUCAGAUAAAAGAAGGCCUGGAGAGAGCUCAGCGACUUCUCAAACAGUCUCAGAAGAGGGAUUAUUACAAGAUCCUAGGAGUCAAGAGAACGGCCCAGAAAAAAGAGAUUAUCAAAGCCUACAGGAAACUUGCUCAGCAGUGGCACCCCGACAACUUCCAGAAUCCAGAGGAAAAGAAGAAGGCGGAGAAGAAGUUCAUUGACAUUGCUCAGGCCAAAGAGGUCCUCACUGACCCAGAGAUGAGAACAAAGUUCGAUCACGGAGAAGACCCCAUGGAUCCAGAGAGCCAGCAGGGUCACCAUCAUCACCAACACUUCCACGGAGGCUACCACGGCUUCCAGGGCUUCAACCCUUUCGGCUCCGGACCCUUUAACUUUAAAUUCAACUUCAACUGAGGACGCUGGAGUCCGGCACCGCUGGAGACUUUGUAUUUCCCUCCCUAUUUAAAAGGGAGGUCACUGGCAUCAGGAGCGUGGGAACCUACCGAUCAGUCUCACACAAAAACAUGGAGCAAAUUGUGACUUAAAUUCAGUGACCUUAAUUAAAGAUGCGUCCUUGAUGUUGAAUGAUACAACUUUGAAUUCCGUUUGUGGAAGAUCUGUUGCUAUGCUAACAAAUACCUGCAGUGUGUGAAGCAGCUUUUAUCCGUCAGGUGUGAGUGGUUUGUUUUACACUUAAAUCCCUUUAUUGUACACUCUGCAAUUCACAUCCAUUUGUAAGAUUUGAUUUGUACAUAGGUACAGUACUAUUUUUAUAUGAAUGGACUUUUUCUGAACUGUAAAUAAAGACAUAUUUAUGUACAUGAAAAGGAA